AUGACAGCCUUAUGUUCGAGUUUUUUCACGAAAUCGCGCGUGUACUAUCCAGAUACUCCAAAAGCUGUCUCUUAUAAAAAAAUGUUCUCCAUUGGUGGUUACAUUGACGAAACGGCGUCCGGCAAUCAACAAAAACAGCCGACAACCACCACAUUGACCGAAUUCCAGCAACGACGCCUGCAAGCGAUUGCCUCGCGUUUCCGACGGCACACUUUA